AUGCCUGCACGACCCUYCCCCUUCGCCCUGCGCGUUGGCACCGACAUAGUCAACGUAAACCGUAUUAGCAAAAUCAUUGCUCAACAUCGAGUUGACAGGGCAGCACCGCAAUUGCAACCCUUCCUCAACAAAGUCUUCACCUUUCGGGAGCAACGGGACUUCCGCGCCCGGUUUCCAAACUUCCACGUAACCGAUACCGAGCGCCUACCACAAGUAGCAGCGCAUCUAGCCGGUCGAUAUGCAGCAAAAGAAGCUGCGAUCAAAGCUGUAAAGCCCCGCAAACUCGUCUACCUGGACGUUGAAGUACYGCGGUCCGGGGCUACAGGCGAACUGUUUGGCUUGAUCCGGGACAAGACUUUCGAACACAAAAUCGGCGUCAAACGCUUGGAGCUCGACAAGGGCACGUCGAGUACGGCUAUAGGAGAGGAACCUUCAGCUGCGGAGGCUGCAACGGAGAGUCCGUUUGCCUACCGCGGGAGCAUUGGAGAGGAUGAAUCCGAUCCUCCAGGGCAGGUUGUUGCGAUGAGUCUUAGUCAUGAGAGGAACUAUGCUACGGCGGUUUGUAUAGCGCCGCUGGAGGCUAUACCUGGUGAUGUGGGCGGCGAGGCGGCGGCGAGGAUGUAUGACGCUCCUCGGGGUGAUGCCGAUUCCUCGAAAAAGUCAAGUGAGAACUUCUUCAAGGACUCCGAGACCUUUCACUGGUAG